AUGAAGUUGUGGAAGACUCCCCUGACAUCUCAGUUAUCUGAGAUGCUGAUGGCAAUAGUCGUUGUGGUUUUAUUGGCCACAACAAAAGGAGUUAAAAGCCGCAAGGCCCGGGAAGAUUUAGACUACUUUGAGUACUGCGCCAUGAGUUGCAGAGCCCACAGUGCUUCCUUGGCAGAGUUUGGAGGAGUUGGUGAUGGAAGCACAUCAAACACCAAGGCUUUUCAGGCUGCCAUCAAUCAUCUCAGUCAGUAUCAAUCUGAUGGUGGGGCACAGCUCUUUGUUCCUCCUGGUAAAUGGUUAACAGGCAGCUUCAACCUCACCAGCCAUUUCACCCUCUAUCUCCAUAAAGAUGCAGUUCUUCUUGCUUCUCAGGAGGAGAGUGAAUGGCCGGUGAUCCAACCACUUCCAUCGUACGGUCGAGGGAGGGACACGGACGGUGGGAGAUUCAUCAGUCUGAUAUUUGGAACCAACCUCACUGAUGUUGUAAUAACAGGGGACAAUGGCACCAUUGACGGUCAAGGUGAAUUAUGGUGGCAAAAAUUCAAGAAGGGAGAGUUAAAGUACACCCGACCGUACCUGAUCGAAAUCAUGUAUUCUGAAAAUAUCCAAAUUUCCAAUCUCACUUUGAUUAAUUCUCCAUCAUGGAACGUCCAUCCUGUUUACUGCAGCCAUGUUCUUGUUCAAGGCAUUACAAUUCUUGCACCAGUGACAUCUCCAAACACAGAUGGGAUCAACCCAGAUUCUUGCACAAAUACCAAAAUUGAAGACUGCUACAUUGUCUCUGGGGAUGAUUGUAUAGCAGUAAAGAGUGGUUGGGAUCAGUAUGGUAUUGCUUUUGGGAAGCCAACUAAGCAGCUUGUGAUAAGACGGCUCACAUGCAUUUCUCCAUUCAGUGCUGUGAUUGCACUUGGGAGUGAGAUGUCUGGUGGAAUCCAAGAUGUGAGGGCAGAGGACAUUCUGGCCAUUGAUUCAGAAUCAGGAGUUAGGAUCAAAACUGCUGUGGGAAGAGGAGGCUUUGUGAAAGACAUAUAUGUGAGAGGGAUGACUAUGAAAACCAUGAAAUGGGCAUUUUGGAUGACAGGAAACUAUGGAUCACAUGCAGACAAUGGCUAUGAUCCUAAUGCUCUUCCUGUGAUCCAGAACAUAAAUUAUCAUGACAUGGUUGCUGAGAAUGUAACAAUGGCAGCUAAGCUGGAGGGAAUAGCUGGUGAUCCGUUUACCGGAAUUUGCAUAUCGAACGUUACGAUUACACUGGCAAAGAAGGCAAAGAAAUUGCCAUGGAAUUGCACUGAUGUUGCUGGGAUAUCAAGUGGUGUGGUUCCUCAGGCAUGUGGGCUUCUGGUAGACCAGGGGCCAAGUAAUGUUGCAGCAUGUAAUUUUCCAGAAGAAAGCCUGCCAAUUGAUAAUGUUCAAGUUCAGGUGUGCUCUUACAGGAGGAAGCACUGGUGA